UAAGGUCAAGUUCCGGUCACAAAACUUCCCUCCAGUCAUUUUUUUUCACGCGUUAUUCAAACUCCAUGUGGCGUACUAGCCUACUCUCUUCCCAUUCAGUUGUAAUUGUUCAAUGAAUGUCUAGCAGUUUAGCCUAAAUUACUUCGUUGUUCAAGUUUGCGGCCAAAUUAACGACAUAAUCCGUAAAUCAUCAAACAGAAGUGGACGGUACAGAACAUUAAUCUUAGCUCAACGGUCAAGCGUUCGGUCAGUCUAAUGUUUGCUAGUUUAAGUGCUAGCUUAGCUUAAGUGCUAAACUAGCAAGAUUCAGCAUACAUUAGCUGCUUUAUUGUUAGUCUCGUUUUAUCAGUGCUGACUGCUCGCUUCAGUUACAAGACUCAGCCAUGAAACCUGGUUUCCCCACUCCUUCAGAGGAAACAUGGGCUUUGUGGAUAAUGUUGGGCGUACAUGAAGAACAUUUUUUCUCUGCUCAUCGUGCGAAACUACUUCACGGGGGUGGGGUUGUGGCAGCAUUCGGGAAAACACUGACUUUGGAACAGAUUGAGAGCUCAGGCUCAGCAGUUUCUCCUGCCAAAUUUCCUGAAAGCAAAUGUCCGGUCUUUGGACAAUAGCAGGGUUAAGAUAACAUUUCAGUUAAACGUGAGUGAUUGCAACAUCUGUUGCCUGACUGAGACAUAGCUAGAUGCCAGACCAAGUGACCCAGCUGACUCAACAUCACUCCAUCUGCAAAGACAGAACACAGAGUGCAGUAAAUAAAGACCUGGAUAACAGACUGUGUAAUCCUGGGAACAUCAAAACCCUCAUCAGUAGAUGAACAUAUUUUUUUUGGCUGGUAAGAGAAGUAAAUCCACCACCAAUCCAAAACCUAAUUUUGUAGCACAACCACUACCAGGCUAUGUGAUCAUGCUGUUGUCUCUGUCCAUGGUCCUGAAGCAACCAGUGCAAAUGGAAACGUCUUACUCUAUUUUACCUUAUUUUCUGAAUUUGUGACAUGUUUGCUGUUGCUGCCGCUACUACUACUAGUACUACUACUGCUGCUAAUAGUGAUAGAGAUCAUAAUGUAAUCAUUUAAUUCUUCCUUCAGUGAUGUAUUAACCACAGUUUGUGGAAAAAAUAGAGCUUCAAGUGAGCUAUGCCCGUUUCAUUAUAAAUCUGUCCUUGAAGACUUAUAGCAAUACAAAAAUAUCUUAUUUAAAACAAGAUCAUAAAGCUUAUUACUGCAAACAUGUUGUGUAUAAUCUGUUUUUAAAAAUAUCACACUAGCAGUCCAAGGUAUAUCUGGAUUGAAUUCAAAAUUGAAUUGGUUUUCAUUUCAGCUAAUUUAUUCCAUGCUGACCAAUGAGAUCACAUCAUUAACAAGCCUGGAAGGUUUUGCAUAGGGAACCACAGCAGUUUUGUCAUUGUGAUAUAGUUAGCAUGUAGAACUUGGAGAAUUUAGUGUUGUAUUUAGGUAUUUGUUACAGUGUUUACAGCCCACAUAUACUACACCUCCUGUAUACAUGUAUUCCCACCUGUAUACAUGUUUAGGUCAAAUUUAGUAUUGAGUGUAAAAUUAUAUCCGUAUUAAUUGCAUCAAUUCUAAUGUGUCUGCCUGCUGAAACUGAACUUAAGUACUGAUGAUGAUAUUGUAUAUCUAAAUAGUAGUUUGGAUUUACAUUGUAGAACGUGCGUCUGCAGUUUGUCCAUGCUGUUGAAAGGUGCAUUUUUAUGGCAAUUUAUCAGUGGAAAUGUAAUGAAAAUGUACACAUUUGGAUAUUUUGAAAAUUACACAAGGUUGUAGUAUUUAUAUUUUACUUGUGACUCAGUGAAAGUGGGUGAAGACGGGGCGGAUUUGGACUUUGCAUGCCAUGAGUGAAAAGCGACUCAUGGUGCCGCUAUAGGUCAGCGCAAAAGCAGCACUGACAUCUCCACCCACUGUGACUGCAUGAAAAUCGGUCGUUAAUUCUCAGAGGAAAGCUACCAUUCCACGAGAAUUUUCACUGUAUUCGCUGACUAAAAUGUUGGAUGAUUGACUCUGUUUCGGAAGUAUAUUUUUUGAGGGUCUCUACAGUAAUUGGUCAGAGCCGUGGACAUGUUUUUUUCCUCGAAGAUGGGAAACAAAGGAUUCUCAGCGCUCCGUCCGAUCGUCAUCUUCGCUUCCAUUAUUGUAGCGCUGCACCUCGUUAAUGGAGACCUGAGUUAUUCUGUCCCAGAAGAGAUGAAACGCGAUUCUGUCAUUGGAAAUAUCGCCAAAGACCUCGGUCUUGAUGUGAGGACUUUGUCCUCCCGAAAGGCCCGUGUUGAUUUUGAGGGAGCUCAGAAGCGUUACUGUGACAUUAAUCUGAGAACGGGGGAUUUGAUCACAUCGGAGAGAACAGACAGAGAAAGCCUGUGCGGCAAGAAACCGUCGUGCGUUGUGAAGGUAGAUCUGGUGUUAGAAAAUCCAUUGGAGCUUCAUCGAUUAAGUCUUCAUAUUCAAGAUGUCAACGACAACUCGCCAAAAUUCAAAAAAAAUUUGAUUGAAAUGGAAAUAAGCGAGUCAGCUGAAAAGGGUAAUCGCUUCUCCAUCGAGGAGGCCCAUGACGCAGAUAUUGGUCAAAAUGCGGUUCAAAGGUACAACCUUCAGAAGAACGACAACUUUAUUCUCGCUGUUGACAGCAACAAGGUUGAACUCGUACUGGAACAGAAACUGGAUCGAGAGAAACAGAAAGAGCUUAAUUUGCUCCUGACAGCUUUAGAUGGCGGCUCUCCUCAGAGAUCAGGUACUGUGGUCAUACACGUUACUGUGCUGGAUGCUAAUGAUAACGCCCCAGUGUUCAGCCAGGCCGUUUAUAAGGCCAGUCUGCCAGAAAACUCUCCUGCAGAUACUGUAGUGGUCACUGUCAGUGCGACUGAUGCAGACGAAGGAAUUAAUGGAGCUGUGACGUAUGACUUUGGCCACGUGUCUGAUGAAGAAGUUAAUUUUUUCUCUAUUGAUCCAAAAACGGGAGAAAUUAGAGUAACACGAGUGAUUGACUUUGAGGAAAGGAGUUCCUUUGAAAUUAAAGUGGAAGCUAAAGAUGGUUUAGGGUUAACUUCGUAUGCUAAUGUUAUAAUAGAUGUUACUGAUGUGAAUGACAACGCUCCCGUGAUCUAUCUGAAAUCACUGACUGACCCCAUACCUGAGAACGUGUCACCUGGUACAGAGGUGGGCAUCAUUAACGUGCAGGACAGAGACUCUGAGACCAACGGACAGGUCCGCUGCUCCAUUCAGCAAAACGUGCCUUUUAAGUUGGUUCCUUCUAUUAAAAACUAUUAUUCUCUGGUGAGCACAGGACAGCUGGACCGUGAAGUGGUGUCUGAUUACAACAUUACAAUCAGUGCCACCGACGAGGGCUCUCCACCUCUGUCCUCGUCUAAAACUGUUCAGUUAUCUGUAGCAGACAUCAACGACAACCCACCUGUGUUUGAGGAGCAGUCGUACAGCGCAUAUGUGAGUGAAAAUAACAAACCUGGCUCCACUUUAUGUUCCGUGAGUGCUCGAGACCCCGACUGGAGACAGAACGGUACAGUGAUUUAUUCUCUGUUGGCCGGUGAGGUGAACGGUGCCCCGGUGUCCUCCUACGUGUCUGUGAACGGAGACACGGGGGUGAUCCACGCUGUGAGGUCGUUUGAUUAUGAGCAGUUGAGGAGUUUUAAAGUCCACGUGAUGGCCCGAGACAACGGUUCUCCUCCGCUGAGCAGCAACGUGACCGUCAGUGUGUUCAUAUCGGAUGUGAAUGACAACUGUCCUCAGAUCCUGUACCCCGCCCCGGAGGGCAACUCGUUCAUGACCGAGCUGGUCCCCAAAGCUGCCCACGGAGGCUCUGUGGUGUCCAAAGUGAUCGCGGUGGACGCGGACUCCGGCCAGAACGCCUGGCUGUCCUAUCAUAUCGUGAAGUCCACUGAUCCGGGACUUUUCACUAUUGGUGUCCACAGCGGAGAGAUCAGGACUCAGCGGGACAUUUCUGAAUCUGACAGCAUGAAACAGAACCUUAUUGUGGCGGUGAAAGAUAACGGCCAGCCCUCUCUGUCUGCCACCUGUUCCAUGUAUUUACUGAUUUCUGACAACUUGGCUGAGGUGCCCGAACUGAAGGAUAUUUCUUACGAGGAGAAGAAUUCCAAACUGACGUCUUACCUUAUUAUCGCUCUGGUGUGUGUGUCCACGUUUUUUCUGACGUUCAUCAUCAUCAUCCUGGGUGUGAGGUUUUGUCGCAGGAGAAAGCCCAGACUGUUGUUUGAUGGAGCAGUCGCCAUCCCCGGCGCUUAUCUCCCUCCUAAUUACGCAGAUGUUGACGGCACAGGAACUUUGCGCAGUGCGUACAAUUAUGACGCAUAUCUGACGACAGGAUCAAGAACCAGUGACUUUAAGUUUGUGACGUCUUACAAUGACAGCACGCUGCCUGCUGAGCAGACUCUGAGGAAAAGUCCAAGUGACUUUGCUGAUCCUUUUGAAGAUUUAGAGGCGUCUGCAGAGGUAGGAUCCCUUUAACGUGCUUCACUGAUCACGAUGCUUUUUUGACUUGUUUAUCGAGUCCUUAUGUUUGGUUGCAGCUUGUUUUGGUGUUUUCAAAAUUUUCACUUUUUGCGGUUGUUAAAGUGAACUGUUUGCACAAGAGAGACCUCCUCUUUUGGUCGCCUUUUCCUUCGCAGAUUUCCUCAGUGAAUGUUUGCAUAUUUUGCAUUUUCUUUCAAAACAGUGAGGCUCAUUUCACCUCCUUUUAGUGAUACAUGUGUUUCUUAAUUCAACUUCUUGUCAAGACGUGCAGGUUUUGUGUUUCCUCCCCCCUGGUUUUAUGUCAGAAAGA